AUGUCGGCUGUCCGAUAUGUCAAUUCCAUGGGAGGUACCCAUUCGUGCAUGUUGUCGCAUUUGGCCAAGGAGUUCUGGUCUUUUUGUCUCAAGCAGGAGGUUACGGUGGUGGCGGAGUACCUACCGGGUCUACAGAAUGUCCAGGCGGACUGGAACUCUCGAACUUCUCCUAGACUCAGGAGGAGCGCGACAUCCACUACUGUUGGAGGGAUCUCUCCGUCUGCUGGCCUGCAGGGUAUCGGGCGACUUAGCCAAGGCGAGGAUCUUUCGGACGCAGUUCGAAGACUCCUGGAGCAGUCGUGGGCUCCGGGCACCAGGAGGGCCUAUCGAACGGCCUGGGGAUCUUGGUCUGGUUGGUGCGUGGCACGACGUGUGGAUCCCCUUUCAGCCCCUGUAUCGGACGUCUUAGAGUUUUUGACGGCCUUGUUUGAGGAAGAGUCUGAAGAUGGCAUCAUUACAAACUCAAGCCAUCAAGCCGAUUAUCUCUUCAGUAUGGAUGCAUCUCACCAUGACACUCAGAGAAUAUAUAAUAGUCUGGAGUACAUUGAAAACAAAGCUACUGUGUUUCAUGCAAGCUUCCUGAGAUCACAUAUCCAAUUUAAAACUAAAACUAUGGUCAUACUAGGGCACUUUAUACUCCCCCCACCAUCUCUGCAUGAAGAAAUCAGAAGGGAAAUCGGCAACUUCUUUUGGGAACAAGACAACUUCGUAGAUAUCCAGCAGCGUAGAGAUGAAGAGGAUGAGCCAAUGAAACCUGAAUAUGAUAAGAGGAAAACGGCUGGUCGUGAACAAUCAGCUGAUGUGAGACUCCACACUCUACCCAAGUACCCCGAAAAUAAUAUGUUUUCAGGUUACACUUCCAUUGACCAGUUGAGAAAAUUCUCAGAAGAACUUCAUGAUUUUAUACCUGACACCUCAGAAUAUCGUGUUUUAUAUGUUCAUGGUGAAAGCAGCAAUUUUCCAGGGAUUAAAAAUUUAAAUAGCAAAAAAUAG